CCAGAAACAAGAGAGAGGGAGAGAGAAAGCUCCAGGAACCAGUCACUGAGAACCAGAGAAGCAGAGAGCAUGGUCAUCUUCUUGAGGAUUCCAAACAGGCCCUUCUGCCAAGCCCCAUUCUUCGGCACAGGAAGAGCCUCAUGGCUGAGCACAAGAGCAUGCCACCACCCAGUUGGCGGCCUUUUGGCAGCUGCAGUCGUUUUCUCCGCUGCCAACUCCCUCGAGCCGCCGGAGACGCUCUCUAACGUCCCACAGACGCUUUCCGGGGAUGACGGAAAGGCCGCCAGAAUCCAGAAGCCCAAGUCAAGGCGUGCCGAAUCAUGUACCGUAAAGUGUGUGACCACGUGCAUCCGCGGCGGUGCUGGAUCACCUGGAGAAGGCCCUUUAAACGCCAGGAGGCCCCUUGUGGUAUUCAAACAAGGAUUCAGGAGUCGGCAAUAUUGCCUGAUUGAAUGCUCGGAUAUCUGUAACCUCAUCAAGGAUGGUGAAGAUGGAAGUUGAUGAGUUCCUCAUUAUCUCAGGAAAAUUCCUUUUUGUUGUAUAAAGAUCAAUCUCAUUUGUUUGGUUUAGAUAAAAGGCGAUUCUAUUGACCUUAAUGUCACUACACAGAGAGAGGGAGAGCGAGCGCACAUGGUCAUCGUGCAUCGGAUACAGUCGAGCAGGUUCUGCCCUUACCCUCAGUGGUACCAAAAAGAUGAAAAAGAACUUGAUUUUUCUUUUCAAGUCAUCAGAUAUUGAGUUCUUCGUGUUGCGAUGGGAGCGGAGCUGCGCUUUCAAUUUUACCAACUUUCCCUUCAGUUUGUUUUCAAUUCUGUUUUUGUAUGUUUGAACGUGUAUUUGAAAGGAGAAAAAAAAUCUUCACGUCAAGAA